UGACGUGGCCCCAGCGGCUCGGCCGACCGUUUCCGUCCACUGUAAACAUGAUUUCGCAAUACUCCGCGAGAGAAGCCGCGGAGACAAAGAGCGAAAAGCUGCGUUUCUGCUGAAAAGACCAACUCCCCCAACUCCGAUGGACGAUCUUUUGGAUCGACAGAUAUAAGGUUGCUCUGGCUGUGAUUAUUUUGCCCCCCGAGGAGUUGACCUGCGAUAACCGAUACUCUCCAGCUCCGCCGUGUUCUGCAGCCAGACCCGUGAGAUACCGGAGCGAGAGGACAGUGGCAGGUACCGGGCCCAAAUGAGCAAACCGUCGCAGCAGAAGCCCAACACAGACCAGAACGGCGUGAGUGUGAUCCAGACCCAGGCGCACGGCAGCGGACUGCAGCAGGUGCCCCAGCUGGUGCCCGUGAGCCCCGGUGGAGGAGGAAAGGCCAUACCCCCUAGCAAGAUGAAGAAGACCAUAACAGACAAGGAGAGCGAAGAGUAUCGCCAGCGGCGCGAGCGCAACAACCUGGCAGUGAAGAAGAGCCGCAUGCGCAGCAAGCAGAAGGCGCAGGACACGCAGCAGCGCGUCAACGAGCUCAAGGAGGAGAACGAGCGGCUUGAGGCCAAGAUCAAGCUGCUCAGCAAGGAGCUGAGUGUCCUGAAGGACCUGUUCCUGGAGCAUGCGCACAACCUCGCCGACAACGUGCAGCCUCAGGGCGCCGAGGCACCCAGCAACAACAACAACAACAGCGGCAACAACAACAACAACAACAACAACAACAAUAACAAGAACAGCCACCAAUGAGAGCGCCCCCUAGCGGUAUCCUGACUGUCACUGGUUUCAGCACCGUUGUGUCCUCUUUGCGCAUUCACAUUUGUUUUGAGAUUUUGCAAGCCAUUUAAGGCAGGUUAAUGCCCGAUUUACUCAUUUUUUCAUGUUGAAUUAUCAAAAAAGUUUCAUUCAGAUGAUGGACUGUCUGAGUAUUUGUUUCAUAUUACGACUGAUUAAAAACACUGAUUUAAUGUUUGGCAAGAAAUGUGUUCUGUAUUUAUAGUAGGAUUUAUGUUAAACUCAGAACAUACAUUUAUUUUCUGUUUGUCUCAAAACAGUUUCAACACAAGUUUUGCAAUGCUUUGAUCCUUUUUUUUUAUUACUGUUAGCUGAGUGGAUUAUGUGUAGUUGUAUUCCAGCAUGCUUGUUUUGUCGUUUGGCUACAGUAGGUGUGGUUUUGUGUAAGUUUGUAUUUACACGCUUACUUCUGGCGAGGGAAUUUCAGUAAUGACUUGAUGGUCUUGGAGUUAGUCAUAUCCCAUUUCUAACUUUUUAUUUUCCUUUUUCGCAUCAGAUAAAGUCUCAAAAUUAUAUUUAGCCGCUGCUUACAAAAUAGAUAACAUGGAUGCAUUUCUA